AUAUUUGUGCAUUCGCUUGCUGCCCCAAUUUAGAAAUUUUUCUGAAUACUGUACCGGUCCCAAGUUCCUAAUCUCGCACCCCCUCCAUCCUCGCUGACCGCUGCUCGGGUCCUCUCGGGCCUUCAGGCUUCUUUUACAUAGUCCUGCCUCUGUUUCGCUUAUGUCUUCGGUCGGAAACUCGUUAAUGCCCCGGUGGACUGUGUGCUGUCCUCACUAUAGGCACUUGCAGCUGUGAAGACAGUUAUCGCCAGAAUCACAGCGGACAGGCGACGAGGUAAUUGUUUUCUGCAUCCUGGAACACCCAGUGCCAUUCUAGCUCGAGUGGGACUUAAUAGUGAACUAGGAUUACUAAACCCAUUGAGUGUACGCAUCUUCAAGAUCAGAUAAGAUCGGUGCCGGUGCAACCGGAAGCAUGGUCGAAUUGUCAUGGAGUGCAGCCGCGGUUCCGGAUUCACGACCUACGAGGAUGAAGACAUUAGCGCCGCCGAUUACGUCGGAAGCACCAACACCUGAGUCUACCUUUGUGCCAUGCGCCUCGACAGCAUCCCUAUUCCUAUAUGCCGAAAGCUCGGCCAUUGUAUGCCUCCACCACGAUACUUUGGCUGUUGAGCGACGCUUCGAAAGCCAUACCGACGAUAUUGGGUUUAUAUCGGUAGACAAUGUCAGUGAGCGUGGCGCAGGGAGACUGGUCGUUAGCUAUGAUGUUAGUCAGACGGCAAUUGUUUGGGAUCUGUUUACCGGCUCGGUGAUCGCACGGUUCGCGUCCUUUGACCGGCUCAAGGUAGCCGCUUGGAUGCGCAAUGGCAAUGUAGCGUUCGGAAACGUAAAGGGUGACGUGAUCUUGUUUGAACCAUCCACAUCCGAGCACAUCUCUUGCCGGACGAUCUUCGACCCUAUCACGGCUUUGGCGCCGUCAUCAGACUGUCGAACCUACGCCAUUGGAUACCAGAAUGGAUCAAUUCUGAUAGCUACUCUUCACCCCACAUUUGCUAUCUUGCAUACGAUGAGCACCUCCCGCGGGCCGUCCCGGAUCGUCUCGCUGGCAUGGCAUGCAUCAUCGUCAAAACAAAAGUCGGAUAUGCUUGCUACCCUUUCUGCAAACGGUGAUCUGAGGGUAUGGAGCGUGGCUAAGCCCGCUGGUAAAGAUGUGCCGCGGGUAAUCAGGGUUCUCAAGAGAUCGGACACGUCUUCCUCCACCGAGCCUAAGUGGAUGGCCUGGUCGAAGAAUGGUAGGAUCGUUCAGUAUCUCGAGGGUGAGACAUGGGCCUGGGAUGUGCGAACCAAACAUGUCACGUCGGAGCCAGUUCCGACGAUUGACAAUCCUCGUGGGUUCGCCAAUUAUGGACCAACAGCCACAUUAUUUACAUUAGGGCCUCACCACACCGUACAGCAGUAUGAUCUUGAGAGCCCAGGAUUAGUCGCCAACGUGCAGCAUCCUCCCGGUGGAGUCUUACCAACAUCUGAGGAGGCCAGAGCCCGUGGUGUGUCAGCACGCAUGCUCCAAGACCCACCGGAGAUGAAGGAAUCUGGUGCCAUGUACGGCACAAGACGAGCUCCGUUUGAUCCGAGCGGAAUCGAAGCUGUACGUCAACAGCGUGCCGAGCUAACUAGUCCAGUCUCUUCACGAAGUCAGGCAAACACCGUGAGCUCAAAGGCCUCCUCAGGGAAGUACAGGACGGUCCCAUUUUCAUCCCCAAGUAGAUCGGGUCACACCGCUACAUCCUUUUCACUCACUUCCGCUAGUGGUAGAGAUACCCCUCAGGCAUCUGGUGCAUCUUAUGCGUAUGCUUCUUCCGUAUCUAUGUCGUCUGUGAAAAGCUCCCGUGCCGGCUCUCGUUUGCGAAACGAGGUCCAACCCAGCCCAGCAGAUAAACGCAUGGAUCUGUUUCCUUUCACACGGGAACGGCUCAACGAUGUGCCAUAUAGCCGCCAACAGCCCCUGGAUGAGUCUCAUCUCACGCCAGACGAUCUCCGUCGUCAAAUGCUCAGCUUGGUCUUCGGCUGGGAUCAUGAUAUUGAUGGACUCAUCAACGAUGAACUUAGCCGCCACACACCGGGAACUCAGAGCGCUAUUCUACUCGCCCAGUGGCUAGGGGAAUCCGACACAGACCAAAUGGUGUCAAUGCUUAGCGCAGGUUCAGCCUCAACAGCAGAUUGGAUGCUUCUUGCUUUUAGCCAGAUGAGUGGCGAAUCACAAGCCAACAAGGUCGGACAGGCCUUCGUUCAGAAGCUUCUGGAAGUUGGUGACGUGCAUACUGCAGCUACGAUUCUUUUGGGGCUUGGCGAUAAGAAUGAUGCUAUUGAAGUUUACGUCUCCCAGAGCUAUUAUAUGGAAGCUAUCCUGAUGGCGUGCCUGGUGACUCCCACAGAUUGGCAGCGUCAAUCAUAUCUCGUCCGUCGCUGGGGGGAGCAUGUUGUCUCACACUCCCAGCAGCAGCUAGCAAUACGGUGCUUUAUGUGCACGGGAGUCGAACCUUCGGAGCCUUGGACCUCUCCAGCUGCACAACAGGCUGCCUCCUUUGCCGAGAUGAUGGCGAUAAAAUCACCAAUUACCUCCCCGGAGCCUCCUUAUCCCAACCCGUCAGGUCUUCUACCGCCACACUCUCAGACAAAGCCUUCCAAUAGCCGACAAGCUAAGACUCCGGCCCUGAAGCUCAUUACGUCGUUUGACUCGCAACCUAGCCAGAAGUUCCGAUUGCCUGGUUUAAAGUCGGAUGAUAGGACACCUACCAAUGUGCCCGGAGUUACGCCCAUUGCUGAAUCCGCUGUAGCCGACUCAGCAUUGUCUCCUGGAGGCUUUGGUUCAUACAAACUGAAUAACAUCCAGAGUCUGAACAAUGCGAUGAGCUCCCGAACCGGUACCCCCGCCUUUAGUAGAGGGCGCCUAUCUUCCAUUGGGGAAACCCCCGUUGACGUGCAACCGCCAACUUUUCCAUCCAGUGGUUCCAAGAAGCUCGUCGAUUAUGGCUCAACUUCGGAGAAUGAUGAUCAAGAGGACCAGCCCGGUAACGAGAAAGAAGAGCAGAUUGGCCUGCUGCCUUCUGCUACGUAUGAUCCCGAUGACGCGUUCAAACCAAGUCCGCAAACCGCUGUUCAAACAAAUACGGACAAGUUUGCAGGCAUCAAGGGAAUGCCUUCUCCAGUAUCUGGGCUUUUUGAGGCUCUGAAAGACCGAUCUGACAGUCGCAAUGGAUCUAGGGAUAGGAAGCCCGAUGGGCUGCAGCUUUAUUUGCAUCCUGCUGAACACUCUGGUACUGAUGCCGCCGACCAAUGGGAUAGUGGUAACUUUAGAAGCCCAGCAUCAACUUUGAACAGCUUCAGCUCCGCAAAGAGCCCAAGUGUUAGUGGAAGGAGUAUUGAGCAAUAUAUCAGUAGCCUUGACGAGGCGAAUUAUCACUCAAAGAGGCAUCACAACUAUCGCUCCAAUGGUGUAGGACCGCGAACUACGGAUGAAACGGCCAGUCAGACUUCAGAAAGACGGCACCACUCUAGGAACACAUCCCAGCAAGCACGUGAGCGACACGAAAGAAGGUAUAUCCCACCCGCCAAGCGGUCUCCUUCCUCGCCGGUCCCGAUGUCCCCCGAAGAGAUAGCCCGUUACCACGCCGCUGAGGAGAAUCACGAUGAUACUCGUCGAACGAAACAGCGUUCAAAGACACGCAGUGCGAGUAGAGUUAGGAAGCCACGUUCCCGAAACUCAUCAGAGCGUCGGAACAAUCGUUCUUCUAGUCGGCAUACAGCUAAUCGGGUCGGCACCGAGAAACAUGACCGUGGACGCAGUGCUGACAGGAAGGACUUCUACGAUAGAUCGCCUUCACCUCCAUUACCCACGUCUACCACAGAUGAUGCUUUCAGGCUAGUAGCCAGCGAUCGAGAACGGAGAUCGCAACAGCGAAGCAGCAGCCGACGUCCGGACAAAGGGAAAGCAGAAGCAAGGGCGAGAUCUCGGAGUCGCCAUGAUACCGAGCCCAAGAUCGGGACGGAACAUGAACAGUAUGACAUGGGUACAACUCCCCAUGGUCUUGUCGUCGAGAUAGUACCUCAAAGCGACCAUGAGAUGUCGACGGAGGACAGCCGGGCCAUUCACUCUGCCACUGUACCUCCCGCCGUACCACACAUUGGGCUCUCUGAACACAGAAGGAAGGAGCUCGCAGCGGCUGAACUAGAGGCACGACGGCUCUCGCUCGCGCGGAAUCCAUCCGCGCCCAACAUCCCCUUUCCGGGAGAACUGCAUUUGAGUCGCACUAUUCCAGAAAGCCCCCCAUUUUCUGCCAAUUCUUUUGGCCCACGUACACCAGGUCGACGGAGGGCCUCAUCGAGCAAAGCACCUCCAGAGCACCGAAGUAGCUCGGACUCUAACUCAUCCCAGUCCGGGCCGCCGGGGCUGGCCACAACACCCAGGGCUAUGCGACACCCAAAGUAUAACCAGGAGACUGCUCCAUCUGUUCCGAAUGUUGCGGACAGCACUGUUCUACUGAGUAACGCCAGGUAUCAGGCCGAUGCUGAGAGAAUUGGUCGCUCGAUGUCUGUUCCAGUGCCCGAAAUACAACAACCUGGGACAGUGCCAUCCGACCUGCCAAUGCAUCCACGAUUUAAUCCACACCUCCCGAGAAGCCGCUCAACCAGCAGAACCCGGAACAUGGGCCAUCGCCGGGAAAGCUCAAAAGAACAAGGCGGAUACAGCUACGGAGGCUCUCCAGUGGAUAUCAGCAUCGAGGAGGGAAUCGAGAAUGCGAUGGAACUGAAACAUUACGAAACUCCUCCUAUGUUACCAGAGCUGCAGCACUUGAACGCUCUCCCACCCCCGCCACCACCUGCUCCUGUGAUGGAUUGUGCUUCUCCUCGCGAGUCUUCAGGGACCAUAGACAUCGCUAUUGACAACGAGAACAUGGGAAAGCUCCUACCUCGCGCUAUGACGGCCGGACCCGCGGUGAGCAUGGAGACACAACCGACAUUACAUCGCCGUCGUAUGUCCUUUGAGCACCGACGCGGCAAAAGCGUGAACGAAAGCUUCUCCAGUAAGAUUCGCAACCUGGCGCGUAUGGGCAGUGUUAAUCGGGCACCCGAUAAUUGGGAUGAAACACAUUUUCCGUAUGAAAGUAUACCAGUUGCCGGCAAUCGCAUUUAGGCCAUUUUGACACUCUCCGCCGGUCUUUGCUUUGUCUGUACCCUUCUAUUUUUCUCCUUUCUCUUUUUCUUUUUCUUUUUUUUUAAAAAAUUUUCUUUCCCCCCUUUUUACCUGGUUUGUUUUUGUCUUCGAUGUCCUUUUUGUUCUGCUACUAGCAUUUCAUUUUCUAGACGUGGUCUGCUUCUCGGACCUUGAUGACUAACGACAUUUCCUUUUAUCUCCUGUUACGCCCUGUUAUGACUCAUUAAAGGGCAUUAUGCGGUUGUUGGAUGUAUACCCUUCCGGACAGUAUGACAAAUUGUUGUCCCCUGAGUAACACACGGUGAACUUGUCUGUGUGCGUUUCUUGGACUUUUGCUUAUUCCCGCGUAUUACUCUUCUUGUUCAGAUCGGGUCCGCAAGGACAAGGAAAAGUUCCUUUGUAUCUGGGAUUGAGAUGGUUCCUGUUGCGAUAUUGUGCACAGGCUUCCGUCACUCUCACAAUGCUUUGAUUUCCUUGGUUUUCUACCACUAUUAGUGAUAAUCGGGCUAGAUGAUAAUAU